AUGACGAAAGUUGGCAAUUACAACACUCUUGAAAUACAUAUCAAUGCUCAGAACGUCGCCACUCUCGAGCUUUCCCGUGGUGCCAAGUCUAAUGCAGUCAACUCAGAGAUGUGGGAUGAACUUCCUCCGGCCCUGGAGCUCUUGGAUAGAAGAGAUGAUCUGAGAGUGGUCGUCUUGAAAGGCCAUGGCAGGAACUUCUGUGCAGGCAUCGACUUUUCUGCUCUGAAGGGGCUCUCUGCAUCAGUAGAUCUAUCGUGUCCUGGAAGAUCAAGGGAAGCCUUGAGGCGCAGCAUUCUCAGAUGGCAGGAUUCCUUAACAUCAUUGGAAAAGUGCCGAUGGCCAGUCAUUGCAGCAGUCCAAGGGGCAUGUGUGGGAGCUGGCGUUGACAUGAUCACUGCAGCAGACAUCCGGUACUGCUCGGCGGAUGCCACAUUUUGCGUGAAGGAGGUGGACCUGGCCAUCGUUGCUGACAUGGGCACGCUGCAGCGCUUGCCUGGCAUUGUUGGCGAAGGCGUUGCGAGGGAGCUGGCAUUGACGGCAAGGAUCAUAAGCGCUGAGGAGGCGAAGAGAGUUGGGCUUGUAACGGAGGUGUUUCCUGAUGUGGCAGCCCUGUAUGCUGCAGUGGACCGGAUUGCUGCCACCAUGGCUGCCAAGUCGCCCCUGGCCAUCACUGGCACCAAGCGCGUCAUGCUGCACAGCAGGGAUAUGACGGUUAGCAAUGGUCUGGAUUAUGUGGCGACUUGGAACAGCGCGCAAAUGCUCUCAGAGGACAUUCAGACAGUCAUUGAGUCGCUGGCAAGAAAGUCCAAGCAGCUUCCUCCCUUCUCGAAACUCUGA